ACCCCGGCGGUCACGUGGGCGGGCGCUGCCGCCGCCAGGCGCCGCGGAUCCCGUGCGCUCGGGCCGCCGCUCCGCCAGCCCCCUCCCGAGCUCCCGUCCCUUUCCACCUCCUCCCUCCUCUUCCUCCCUCCUCCCCCACCGCCGCAUGUCGCUGGCGGCGCGCCCCGCUCCCCCCUCAGCCGCCCGCCGCCGCCUUCCUCCGCCACCACUGCCGUGACCGCCGCCGCCCUUGAUGUGGUUCGGGGCCGGGCGGAGAGAAGAUGCCGCCGUCCAAGUCCCGCAAGAUCGCGAUCCUGGGCUACCGGAGCGUGGGAAAAUCUUCACUGACGAUUCAGUUUGUGGAAGGACAGUUUGUUGAUUCAUAUGAUCCAACCAUAGAGAACACUUUUACAAAACUGAUCACAGUAAAUGGCCAAGAAUAUCAUCUUCAGCUGGUUGACACUGCUGGCCAAGAUGAAUACUCCAUAUUUCCUCAGACGUACUCCAUAGACAUCAAUGGCUACAUUCUUGUUUAUUCAGUCACAUCAAUAAAAAGUUUUGAAGUGAUAAAAGUUAUCCAUGGCAAGUUAUUGGAUAUGGUGGGAAAAGUCCAAAUACCCAUUAUGCUGGUUGGAAAUAAAAAAGACCUGCAUAUGGAACGGGUGAUCAGCUAUGAAGAAGGGAAAGCUUUAGCAGAAUCCUGGAAUGCAGCUUUCUUGGAAUCUUCUGCUAAAGAAAAUCAGACUGCCGUUGAUGUUUUUAAGAGGAUAAUUUUGGAGGCAGAAAAAAUCGAUGGGGCAGCUUCACAAGGGAAGUCUUCAUGCUCAGUAAUGUAAUUCCACUGCAAAACCUGAAAACACUGGGAAUACAUUCUACCUGAAGAAGCAAAACUGCCCAUUAUCUUUAAGGAUAAACUAUGCUUCUUUUUUUUUUUAUUUUUAUUUUUUUCUUCUGUUAACCUGAAAGAUAAACAGUUGGUUUGGAGCCUUUCCCUUCAGAUUAUGUUAAACUCUGACUCCUGUGCAAAUGGCUUCACUUCCAUUUUCAAAUUUUAAGCAAUCAUAUUUUCAAUUUAUAUAUUGUAUUUCUUAAUAUUAUGACCAAGAAUUUUACUGGCAUUAAUUUUUCAGUGUAGUUUGUUGGUUAGAAUAAUCAUCAAAAAGAUGCAUAUUGUUACACUACUAUUAACUAGGCUUGGAUAUCAGUGUUUCUUUGUGUUAAAUGUAUACUUGUAAAUAAAAUAGCUGCAAACCUUAAA